AUGUUUGCCGUACUAAUGGCGUCAAUACUGGUUGCUUUUUGGUCUUUGUUACUUUGCACCGUAAAUUUGGGUUACGGCGAUCGUAUUCCUCCACAUUAUACAAUAAAUUUGGAUUUAACUCCUGAAAAUCGUUGGGAUAAGGUUAUCGAUGAUCAUAAGGAAUUGAUUCCGGCAGUUAUUGAAGAAAUUCACCACUACGUGCCAAAGUUGUUACGGCCAAUUGUAUGGUGGAUUGAUGAGAAUAUUUUGCUCAAAAAGUUUCCGGAAGAAUAUGCCCGAGAAAUGCGUGGUAUUGCAGCGCGGAGUGGCCUUAGAAUUGGUGAAGUGAUAGGUAUAAACAUUCUGUACGACAUUUCCGCCUUCGAUCGUAAACAGUUCAGUCUUGAAUGUAUUAUUUCUAUCCAUCGCAUAUUAGCAAACAUUGGUUGCACAUCUAUUGUUGCAAAAGAUCAUAAAGGUCGAAUAAUUCACGGUAGAAAUUUGGACUAUCCAAUGACUUCGCUUAUUCGAAACUUGACAAUUAUUGCUGACUUUACACGAGGAGGAAAUAUACUUUAUACUGCGGUAACUUUCGCAUUAAAUGUGGGCAUAUAUACCGGACAAAGGCAUGGCUCAUUUUCGAUCAGUAUCAAUGAACGCUAUUCUGGAAGUUAUAUCGAUACACUUCUAAUGGAAUUUUAUACUCGUUUGAAAAGACCGGUGACAUUCACUAUACGGAUGGUUCUUGAAAACAAUAACACAUUCGAAGAAGCAAAAAAGGUGCUGAUGAAUGAACAUUUUAUAGCUCCAUCAUACUUGAUCAUAGCUGGUACCAAAGCAGAACAGGCCUGUGUCAUAACAAGGGAUCGCUGGAAGACUGCAGAUCUAGAGUGUAUCGACUCAAAAAAAGGUCGAUGGUUUUUAGUAGAGACUAAUUUUGAUCACUGGAAGGUCAAUAAAGACAAGCGUCGAAAAACAGCGGAAAAAGCCCUUCUACAAGUUGGUAGACAUGCUAUAACAUGUAAGCAAAUGCUCGAAAUUCUCUCACUUCAUCCAGUUCGAAAUAACUAUACGAUUUUUUCCACAGUGAUGUCACCAUUAAACCAACGUGCUUUGCAUGAAUAUACUAUUGUUCGGGAAUAA